AGGGCAAAGUACGAAUGGGGACCUAGUAUUGAGACUACUUGAAAAUGAAAUCAAUUGUUUUCAACACCUUUCACAUGCUUCACUUCUGUGUAGGUUUGCGUUUGCUUUGAUCUCCAUCGAAGGCCCCACACUCAUUCUCGCUUAACGAAUCUCGAAUUAUGAACUCUUCCUCGAACAACACACCUUCAACCCUACUCUGAAGUAAGUCGACACGUCUCGCCAUCGCCAAGUUGAUCACUAACAUCACGGACUAGAUGGCGACUCCACCCAUCUCAGCCGGCGCACGAGUCGCCAAUACCUUCGAGCUCCUGGAGCAGAUUCUGGUCCUUGCUUCGGGUGAGCGUGUCGCCUCCGACGAGCAUCUUUUGACUCGGCUAAAGACCAAUCGCGAAAGGAAACGAAUCACAUCAAUCUUCGCCUGCCAGCGCGUCUGCCGAGCAUUUCGCGACACCAUCGCAAACUCCACGCCCCUCCAAGCCGCUAUCUUCUGCGCACACCCGAAGGAAAACUCCAAAGCAGAAGAUUCCAACGAGAACCCGAUGGUACGCCGGAGCGCUCUCGCCCUUUCGGCGCAGAGCCACAUGCGCAUUUUUCUCUCGGCGAAUCCCUUCGACGUGGUCACGUCGGUGUACCUGAGCUUCAUAUUCCAAAGUUUUCCGCUUCGACGCAAGAGCUGGAACGCACCGGGAUCCUCAUGGCGGAGGAUGUUCCUGUAUGCUGGAGCAUAUCGUGUGGAGAGUUUCAUCUUGCAGAUGCCGUCGGAUGACCCUCACCAGGCAGGAUUGUACAAGCAGUAUGUGCCAGUCAAGCUUUCCAAUCCGACACUUGGGCAGUUGGUCGAUGCGAUGUAUGAAGCUCUCGGAUGGGAGCCGUGGAUGGAAUAG